CAAACAAAAACGGUGGUGGGGUUUCUGUUUCUUUAAGAUUUAUAGGAAGAUAGUGUUAGGCAGCCCUUAUUGGUGGGCAGGAGUAUAUUAUUGCUCGAGGUAGGAGGAGAGCCAGGGGUUGUUAGAACAAGUCCAGUCUAGAGAGGGAGCGAACCAAAAGGGAGAAAUAACAAAAAAAGAAUAGAGACACACACACACAGCUCUGUUCUUCUUAUUCCAAUCCUCUCUCAUCUUGCUGGUUCAUCCUUGGGAUCGGCUCUGUCGUCCCCUAGCUAGUUCGUUCGGUGCUGUGGUUUCUGCCGCUGUAUCCAAGAACUCUUGCUCUUGCUGAGUCUGGGACUUCAGUUCCUCGCAGAGGUAUAGUAUAAGCCUUGUUGUCUUUGUCAAGCAAUAGCUUAAACUAUCCUUUGCGUCUUAAUCUGAACAACAUAUGCCGGAGAUGGGAUGGAUUCUUGGUUUCUACGUACUCCCUCCCUGCUUGUUGAGCUUUCGGUUUCUAGUUAGCUCCGUGUGUUUGGUGGUGGGUGCACCAGCAGCUGAAAUAGGUUGCUUCUCGUUUUGCCUUAGUCAAGGCUCUUUGAAAUCCGACCGAAUUUUCUCGGGAGCUAGUUCUUCCUGGCUGGGAUUUCUGGCCGGGUGCCGAAUUUUAGGAUUCGUUUCCUUUCACAGCCCACCAAUUUGGACUUCUGGUUUUGCUCCAGUUAGGUGAUGCCUUCACCCAAAACAACUUGAAGGCUUGCUAUGUCCCAGGUAGCUAUAUAUCUCAAAAGUUUUGGUGGCAGUCUUCGAGGAAGUGGAGUCAUCUCAAGUUUUUAUCGAUCGUCCCAGCCAGGCUUUACAUAUCUUGGGUGCCGCACACAGUAUCUAUGCACCUUUGACAACACCAAUCUGAUUCUGAUGACAACAACAGCCACUAUCUCCCGUCAUCCUUGCAUCGAUCUGUCAGCUGGCGUCGCCUCGUGCUUCUGAAGACGAUGGCCACAUUCUUCUCCACUUCCACGAACCAGAGGGACCUCGCCGGAGGCGGCGGCGACAUGUCGUCGUUCCACCACUACGCCUACUCGGACCCACCAGCCGGCGGCCUCAUGCCUUUCCCCGCCACCAUCGUGUCGUCGGAAGGCCACGUCGCGCACGGCGGUGACGACGGCGGCAGGGGCGCGUUCGUGGACGUGAACGCGAGGGACGGGCCGACGGGCGGCGCCGAGAUGGGCCUGCAGACGCAGCUGCUCAUGGCGAACGCCGCGUCGGCGGUGCAGCACCAGGGGCUGUCGCUUAGCCUUGGCACGCAGGGGGUGCCGGUGUCUCUUUACCAGUACCGCCAGGCGGAGGCAGGCAUGGCCGCCGCCGCCUUUCUAAGCCCGAACCAGGCGUCGGUGGCGGCGACCAGGAGCGCGCAGAGCAUCUACGUCCAGAACUCCAGGUACCUCAAGGCCGCGAGGGAGCUGCUGGACGAGGUGGUCAACGUCCAGGACGCGAUCAAGCGGAAGGGGGACAAGAGCCAGCAGGGCAAGGAUUCCGGCGGCGGCGGCGGUGGCGGCGAGGGCAAGGACGCCGAGACGAGCGACGAGAAGGCUGGCGAGCACGAGGGGAACUCCUCCGCGCCGGAGCUGUCGCCGUCGGAGAGGCAGGACCUCCAGAACAAAGUGUCGGCACUGAUGGCGCUGCUGGAUCAGGUGGACCGCAAGUACAGGCACUACCACCACCAGAUGCAGAUGGUGAUGUCGUCCUUCGACGCGGUGGCCGGCGCCGGCGCGGCGAGGCCGUACACGGCGCUGGCGCUGCAGACCAUCUCGCGGCACUUCCGGUCGCUGCGCGACGCCGUCGGCGCGCAGGUGCAGUCGCUGCGGCGGAGCCUGGGCGAGAAGGACGGGUCCGCGCAGGGAGGCGGGCUGCCCCGGCUGCGCUACAUCGACCAGCAGCUGCGGCAGCAGCGCGCCAUGCAGCAGUUCGGCAUGAUGCAGCAGCCGCAGCACGCCUGGCGCCCGCAGCGCGGCCUCCCGGAGUCCGCCGUCUCCGUGCUCCGCGCCUGGCUCUUCGAGCAUUUCCUCCACCCGUACCCGAAAGAUUCCGAGAAGCUGAUGCUCGCUAGGCAAACAGGCUUGUCUAGGGGUCAGGUGUCCAACUGGUUCAUCAACGCGCGCGUUCGACUGUGGAAGCCGAUGAUCGAGGAGAUGUACAGGGAAGAGUUCGGGGCGGAGAUGGACUCGCACUCGUCGUCGGAGAACGCGGCGGGCAACAAGGGCAAGGACGAGGCGAUAUCCUCGGAGGACCACGAGGAGUUCCAGAGCCCGUCGAGCGCCGCCGCGGCCGCAGUGCCACUGCCAGGCCACCUCAGCGCGUUCAAGUCGGAGGCGAUCGGUGUCAUGGACGCCGCCGGCAUUGGAGCGAGCUCCAGCCUCGACGGCGCCGUCAUCGGCCCGUACGCGACGAGCCUCAACCUCGGCGGCGGCGGCGGCAUCCUGCAGGAGGCCCUCGCGCACCACCACCACCACCACGGCGGCGCCGACGCGAGGUUCGUGCAGGCGUACGGCGACAUGGCCGGCUUCGGCGGCUACGACGGCGGCAGCGUGUCGCUGACUCUGGGCCUGCAGCACUGCAACGAGGCCGGCGCCGGAGCCGGCCCCGCUGAGCCGCAGGCCCUCCUGUACGGCAGCGCCGGCGACUUCGACUUCAUCAGCGGCUCCGAGGACAGGCAGCGGUUCGGGUCGUCGCAGCUGCUGCACGAUUUUGUGGCGUGAGCGGCUGGACUGGACGUCGUUGGGGAAUAACGUGCGCGGACGGCGUCAGAAGCCUGGGAUGGCCGGCCGGCGCCGCCGCGGGUAUACCUACCAACCAUAUGAUGGCCGUACGUCAUGGUACAUGGUCUCAAAUUAACCAGCAAGGUUAAGCAUGCAUAUAUAUACAUACACAUAUAUAUAUAAGGUGUGGUAAGUGAGGUAGCAUAAGCAGGGUAAGCAGCUGUAUAUGAUAUGAGGUGUGGUAUAAAGUAAGUGUAGGGAUUAUUAUUGGUAUUAUUUUUGGUAGCUUGAAGAUUCGUCUAAUGAUGAUUCAAGUCCGGCCAGAUAUGGUGUGGUGUUGUUGGACCUCAAGUGAGUCCAUGUACACACAAAUGUUUCAUGUUUUGUACUGUACCAGUUGUUCAGUUCAGCGCUAACAACAACGCAGAAACAUUAAGCAUACUACUCUGCUUUUCUAUACAUAUAUAAACUCAUGAUUUGAACCUUA